GGGGGGCGGGGUGCCCAGCAACGAGAUGCCAUCGUGUGAUUGAGGUUACGUUAAAUAUUCGUGCUUCUACAUCUUUCACGGUCUAUGGAGCAAGAUGUGUAUCAUGCCAAGAGCACUUCGUUCGGCUGCAGCACGCCUCGCUCGGCCAAGAAAUGGGUGUAUCGGCAAAAGUCGAGUCCAAAAAACGUCUCGAUAUGGCGGAGGACGUCAGAUACGUCGUAAUGGGUCUGGUUGCGCUUUGCCAGGCCGGCCCUCGUCUCCGUGAGCAUUUGGUGCUGUCGUAGCACUUGAACCAUUCCGACGAGCAUCGAGACAAAGUGCUGAAGCAUGGUUUGCCGCUUGUCCAGGUCUGCGGACGACAGGGCGGUGAACAAGGUUAGCCGCCUUGGAGGGAACUGGAGGGCCUCCACGUUUUGGAGCGUCGAGCCACAAAUGCAGCAGCUCGUUCGCUUAGCCAUUUGCUUGAUCAUGGUUUGCCUCAACUCUCGAAAUUCCGAAUACCGCCGGUGGAUGGUCCAUCGCAUUUUGCCCAAGUUGACUUCGACAGCGUAUAACACGAUGUUGUCCACUCUACGAAUGGUAGAGUUCGUAUGGAGCCACGCUGCCAUGUACUCCGAGUACUCCGCGUCGCCAGGAUGCGCGGCAUGGAACGGCAUCAAGUAGGGUGGUUCCUGCAGCCGCUGUUUCACACAUUGGUCGUGGCAUGCCAACGACGUGCCAACCACGACCGCCUGCGACGCCCCGAGCGGCGAGGGCUUGUGUAUACCAGCCAUGAAAAGUAUGUGGGCGCUUUCGUAUUUAGAGCCGGCUGUUUGCGGCCG